ACCCACAAAUGCUUUAUGUCUCUUUCUGAUCCAUCCCUCUCAUACGCUCAUAACUGUAUAAAUGAGAACCUGGAAUACACCCAGUCAAGGCAGAAAAGGAACACACUGGUGUCUGAGCUUAUGGCGGGGUCCAAUGGCACAUAUGGUAACGUGCCUUUCACUCACCAGCAAGUCUUUAAGCUGGACAUGGAUGCUGGAACCAGCACUAAAACGGCAGUGGCUGUGUUAACAUCUCUGUUUUUCUUUUCUGUAAACUGUGUGAUGAUCUCUGUUCUAAAAAGCAAGCGCAUGUUUUAUGAGACGCCACGCUAUAUUCUUUUUGGCCACAUGCUUAUGAAUGACUCUGUGCUUUUGCUGGUCACAACUGUAAUGUAUACUCUUGCUCUCUGUUUUCUUCCAAUACAUAAAUCCAUAUGCACUCUGUUAGUCUUGAUCUCAUACUGUACAUUCUUUAACGCUCCUCUGACUCUAGCACUGAUGUCUCUGGAACGGUAUGUGGCAAUCUGCUUCCCUCUGAGACACUGCACCAUCGCAACACCUAAAAGAACUGGAAUUGCCAUUGGAAUCAUCUGGUUUCUUAGUUCUGUGAAUGUUGUGAUCGAUAUUAUUAUUGCUUUGAUUAAUAACCCCAGUUAUUUAGCAGAAAUUGCAUUUUGUACACUAGAGAAAUUGUUUAUAGCCAAAUGGCAAAUAGAUAAAUCACAAGGGUUUGAUGUGCUCUAUUUUGUGUCUGUUGCAGUGACCAUUAUAUUCACAUAUAUCAUGAUUAUGAUCACAGCCAGGUCUGUUUCCGCUGAUAAAGAAUCUGCUAAAAAAGCCCUCAAAACGGUGAUGUUGCACUUGAUUCAGCUGGGACUGUGUCUCACCUCUUUUCUAUAUGCCACAAUAGAGAGAACACUAUACAUGGUGAUUGGAAGUGGUUCUCCUCUCUUCAUAAAUCUGAGAUAUUUAAAUUAUAUUAUUGUUCUUAUUCUACCACGUUGUUUGAGUCCUCUGAUCUACGGCAUGAGAGAUGAAGCCGUGUGGCCAUUGUUCAAAUAUUUUGUCUGCUUUCGUUCAAGCAAAAUAAAGCCCUCUGUUAAUGUUCACUAACUGUAUAGUAUGGGGCGAAACAAUAAUUUGACAAGCAUAUGGUAGUACUGAUAAGAUUUGAAGGUAAAUGUAAGUAUUAUUUAUAUUACUGCAAUUUUAUUGUAUGAUGUUAUAUCAUAAACAUAACUAUUUCACCAAGUACAAAGAUUACAGAUUAUUGUACCCACACGUGUGUCCAUUUGGUUCAUAAACAGUUGCUGCAGAAUGUUGCUCUAAUGCUUGACUCUAAUGCAUUAAAGCCCAGCUCUUUAUAAAAUAUGACAUGAGGUGAUAAACAUGUUUUGAGUGUUCUGAAUUUCAUAUACAUUAUGAUUUUGACAUGACAUAAACUGUGAAAUAAACUGCAGAUUUGAAGCCACAAGCCUUUACACAAAAUUCUAGACAAAAACAAACUCAUGUCCCGGGCAAACCCCUACAAAGUGCAAUGAUGAGUGACAGAGGUCUGUCACCAGUACUAGACAAGGUUUUUCAACAGCCAUCUGGACCAAAAAGGCAGUGGACUUCAGCAUCUUUUGCAAGAUGAAGAGCUCAGUCAGACCUACUGUAACACAGGGUUAAGUUCAAGCCUAAUUAAAUACAGGGCUAGGAUCAGAGCCUGGAGUCGACACUGAACUUGAGGCUUGAGCCUUUAUUGGACUGAGAGAGAAAUAUAGUGUGAGAAUAGAGAGUAAGAACAAUGGAAAAUAUGUUGAAAAGACAUAAGAGCAUGUGGACAAGAUGAACCUAGCAAAACCUAUAUAUAUAUAUAUAUUUCGAAAUAACCCCUUUCCCAACAAGGGGAAGCUCUUUCAGAUGAGGGAAUAAAUGAAAACAAAAGUAUGAUAAUGCCAAAAAAAUAAACAAAAAUAAUAAAAAUAAUACAAAAUAAAUAAAUAAAAAGUACUGCCAUCAUAAAUACCUUUCAAGGGAUACAUUUGUUCAAGUUACAUUGUAGUUAGCUCAGAUUACAUUGGUGAUAUGUUAAUUAACCUCAAUGUACAAAUAUAAAUAUGAUUUAAUACUUUCCACCUCUUCAGCAAAAUAUCAGUCUUCAUUUAUAGACAUGCAGUCAUUUUUUCCAAUACAUACUGUAGACCUGCUUAAGUCUCUUAAUCCACUGAGCCACCUUUAGAGGACCUUCUUCCAUCCAAUGUACUGUUAUCAUUUUGUUUUGCAUCCAGUAAUAAUAUUCUUAGAACAGAACGUAUAUUGGUUCAUCAUUAAACAUUUCUUUGGACAAUGCUGCCGAUAAGCACACAACUGGACCGAGGGGUGUUUCUAUAUCUAAUGUAUCUAUUUCUUUUUCAAACACUUUUCCAAAUUUCUUAAAUCUUAGGGCAGUCCCAAUAAAUGUGGGUAUGAUCUCCUAUUUUACCACAUUUUCUCCAACACAAAGCAUCAUGUUGUCCUUUUACAUAUGUAGAAAUUAUAAAAGGAGUAAUAGAGUACCUCAAUUUUACUUUCCAAUCAAAUUCUUUCUAUAAUUGACUUAAUUCCUUUAUGACAUCCUUCACAUCACUCAAUCCAGACCUCAUCCUCAAUUAUGGCAUUUAGUUUUAGUUCCCAUUUUCUGAAACAUCAUCUGUAUUUUGUACAGUGUUAGUUACUAAUCUUUUGUAUAAAUGGAAGACAAGUCUUUUAGCUUAAAUAAAGCUUUGUGGUCUUAUAAGAAUUUGACUGCUUAAGGUACACAUCCUAGGACCCCCAAAGGCAUGCCCUGUAACAGACUACAUGUUCGAGGAAAACAUGAAAACCCAGAUCCAACACCUUGUUCCUGCCCACAUAUCAAACUGGAAGUUGAGUGGUCCACUCCUUUUAGCUCUCAAGCAAGCUAAAAAAGACUGACUGUGAGCCAUGAUUUGAACAAAUAAACCUGAACUGUGCUUACUGUGCCACAUCUUUGCCAAACUAAUCCAUAUAUGCUUUAGGAUAACUAAAUCUUAUAUGCAGCCCAUUGUAGGUGCAUAGCCACAUUAGCAAAUGGUUUCUGUGCCACAUUUAAACUGGCUUUGAUAUGUUUAAGACAACUGCGUCACAUUUGGUGAAACAUAUGUAUGCUCUUUACUUUUAAGGUGUAAACACAAAACAAACUUAACAAGUGGAAAAAAAAACAAUGCCUUUAAGUGUUUUGGAAGUGUUAUUGCAGAGCAACACAGACAGACUGCAGAAGCCAGUCUAGUAGACUUCCCAUGUUUUUGUCUGGCUGCAUUGUUUGAUGAUACUGUUGGACUUGCUGAAUAAACUCCUUUUUUGAACCAGA